AAAGCUGCAUAUUGACAUUCAACAAUGGCGGCCCCCGAUGAUACUAUGAACUUAGUUACAGGACUAUUAAAGAAGUGUUUGGCUAACUCGGGUUUUGAAGUGUACCCCCUUAAGGUUGGUUGGUAUAAUUCUGUGCUGCCCCCCUCCCUGCACCUGCCUUACCAGGAUGACAGCUUGGCCGUGGUGGUGCUUAGCACCCCUUCUAUGUUUGAACAGGCUUUUCUGCCCUUCCUGGAGGAGAGGGGCUGCCAGAAACUGUCUGACCCCAUAGACCAGUGUGUCAGACGCUGUAUCACCUCCGCUGUCUCAGAGUGUUUUCCCGAACAGAAGGUGGAUGUAAGGUACGACUAUGAGCUGCUGCCCAACAGGAAGCCAAAGUUCUUGGCCCAGACAGCUGCACACGUGUCAGGGGCAGCGUUCUACUAUCAACAGUCUGAUGUCACAGACCAGCCCUGGGCAGAAAAAAAAAUGUUUGGAGUGUGCAUCCAUCCUAAGUUCGGAGGCUGGUUUGCGAUCAGAGCCCUGCUGGUGUUCGGUGACGUGAUGGUGGGGUCCGAGCUGCUGCAGCCUGAUCCUGCUGACUGUGUGUCGUCCAGAGAGGACAGGAUAAAGCUUUUGGAGGCGUUUAACUUUCGCUGGCAGGACUGGAGCUACAGAGACAUUGUCCUUCCAGUCCAGACCUAUUCUCAAAAACAGAGAGACUACUUCUCCACUCCCCCUGCUCAGCGCUUUGCUUUGCUCAGUACCUGGGGCUUCCUGCCCAGUGAAGAUGAACAGCCCGAACCCGCCUCAGAAGCACUCAUAGAACAGGUGAAUGGCCAUGGCUGACAAAGAGGAACUGAGAGGCUGAAGUGCUGUCUGUCCAUUCUGAGCUGUGGCCUUCAUCAUUUGACCUGGAAACAGAUGCACCCGGGAACAGUUUAGGUCAAAGGGAUUUUAAGCCAAUGGCUGCUGUGAUCUGUUUCAUUACAGAUUUCAUUGUUUGGUAAAUGGCUUUAAAAAUUCCCAUCUCUGCGUCAGAUAGUGGUUGACAAAGACGUUUUACUGGAUGUUUUUUUGACUGGUGAUCCGAGAGGUGAUCAAAGCCGAUUUCAAAGCCACAAAUGGACGAACGGGAAUGCGUUUAAUUUAACUUGAUAACUUGGACAUCCAAUAACAUGGUUCAAUAAGGAACACUAUUUAAAAUGUUAUUUCUGAAUUAUUUUGGUAUGUCAAUUUUUGUGAAUGAAAGAGAAUUGGAUAAUUUAAUUUGGGCAGGCGGGCCAGUGGAAUUCCAUUAAUGGCUCUAGCAGUAAUAAAACUUCAAUAUUUCUUUCUGA